UUCUUAUUGUUAUUAACUAUUGUAUAUUUUGUCUACUUGAGUUCCAUUGGCGAUCGAUCUAAGAAAAAUGAAGUUUAAAAACAUUAUUAAAAAUAGAACUGCAACCAAUGGGUUUUUAUUAACCGCCUAUGCUUAUACGGUAAUGCCAGUGGUAUUAGCUAAGGAUGAACAAGAACCCAAACUUGUCAGACCUAGCGAUUUACCAAUAUACCCUGAUGAAUCUAAAGAAAAGAAAACUGAGAAAGAAGAUAAUUGGCAACCAACAAUAGCAUUAGGUACAAUUCAAAAAGUUAGAGAAGAAAUUGUCAGCCUAAAUCAACAAUGGUCUAAAGUCAAAGAUAGAAUAUACAUUUUUCUUCAGACUGGGGCUAGCCACACAGAAUCUUUUGUGGAUGAUUUGAGGCAAGAAAAUAAUUCUGCACUUCGAGCUGGAUUUGUGGCAGGAAGCGGUUUAGCCGGUUUAUUAAUAGCAGCUAGAAAAGGAAAGUUUAAAAAACUAGUCUAUGCCACAACUGGAGCAACAGCUGCAUUUUAUGUUGGUUAUCCAAAAGAAUCUGAAGAAGCUACUAAAAUCAUCAAACGUUAUUCUAUUGUUUCGUAUCAUUUGAUAAAUAAUGUAACCAAGGAUUUAACUGGUUUUGAGUUACCAUCAUUGCCACUACCAAAAACCGAGUCCCAGUCAGACAAUUCUGAAGAUAGUAGCAAACCUGAUUUAAAAGAACUGUUCUUUUCAUUGAUUGACUAUGUGAAAGAACCACUGGAAUCUUUUAAACAAUUGGUUUUUAAUGGAAAAAAUGGACCAGAUGACAAGGGUAAAUAGCUACUCAAAAAAGUUUGCACAUUAUAAUAUAUUUGCUAGUAUAUAAUUGUUAAAAUAAACAUAUUAAAUAGUGAAAUUAGAUAUUGUUCAGCCCUUUAAACAGGCUUUAUUUAAUCUCGCUAUCACUUCUUCUUUGCCAAGUAUUACCAUUAUUUCACUAACACCUGGACCUUGCUGCAAAGAAGAAUAUAUAAAUAAUAAAAAUUAUUUAAAAAUAAAUAAUAAUAAUCUAAUUAUAAAUUUACUAGCCUUCAAUCCACUGAUGAUGUUGCGUAACAUUUUCAUUAAAUUACUAUAAACAACAUUGUUUGAUUUUGAAAAUUUUUUCAAUACCGUUCCUAAAUUAUCAAUAGUGAAAUCAUCUAUGUUUAUUAAAUGAUGUCUUAGUUUGAUUACUAUGUCUAUAAGAACAAAAUCAUAAUUAACUGUGUGUUAUAUCUUUAAUAAAUAAUUGUUUAUGUUACUAUCUUAUAAAAAUAUUUUGUUACCUAUAUCAUAAUCCAUAGAUUUUAAUGCUGAUUCUGAUGGUUUUAACCAAAUAAACUUAUAGUUUUCAUGAA